CGGCGCGCGGUGCAUGCUGGGAGGCAGCUGGCAGGCGCCAUGCGUCGUUUUUUGCCAGGCUCCGGUGGCCUCCAAGGAAGGAGGGUCGGCGGCGGGUGCUUGUUCCCCGCCGAGCCGCUUCCCACCUUUGCUGCUUAAAAACCCGAUUGCAGCAGCAGGAGAAGGCGAGUCCUUGAUCCCUUGUUUUUCCAAUUAUAUCAAUGCUUAAUUUUUAUUUUUUAUUAAUUUUAAUUUUUAAGUGAUGGUUUUCUCCCUGAGUUUUCAGCUGCGUUGCAGUCAGAAGCUCAACAGACAGAUUUGUGUGUUGAGGCGCCCCUGCCCACCUGCAGCUAUGGGGGUCCCUCCCCAACCACAAAAAGGAGCCCAGAAGAAGGAUGAGAGGAAACGAACCUUGUCUGCCUCCUCAACCCAGGAGGGGGAGCCCAAGGAAAACGAGAGUGAGCCUGCCUCCUCGACCCAGGAGGGGCAGCCCAAGGAAAACGAGAGAGAACCUGCCUCCUCGACCCAGGAGGGGCGGCCCAAGGAAAACAAGAGAGAGCCUGCCUCCUCGACCCAGGAGGGGCGGCCCAAGGAAAACAAGAGAGAGCCUGCCCCCUCGACCCAGGAGGGAGGGCCCAAGGAAAGCAAGAGGGAACCGCUGCCCAAACUGGAGCCUGCGGCAGCUGAGUAUUUUCGUCGUGCUCACGAGACGUUGAAAUCCGGGUUUGACUCUGAUGAGGAGAAAGCCCUUUUUGUCAGCAACGUCCUAGUGGAGGCGGAAGCCGUGGCCCUCCCCCUGGCCCUGGACAAAGCCGGCUCUCUGCUCCUCCAGGCCCUCCUUCCUUCUGCCUCUGCGCCCAGCCUGAGCCGCCUCCUGCGGGCCUUCCUCCCCGCUCUGCGCCUGGCCGCCUGCCACCCCUGCGGGGCUCACAUCCUGGAGGCGGCCCUGCUCAGAGCCCUGGUCCUGAUUUCGGAGGGAGCAGAGGAUGCUGAAGCACUGGAGGACCAGGUUCUGGAGCUGGCGAGGGCCGUGCAGGAAGAGCUGCCAACAUUUGCCCUGGACAUCCACGCCAGCUUCGUGGUGCGGACACUGCUGCAGGUGCUCGGAGGGGUCCGGGUCAGGUCGGACGUGAUAAGGGGGCUCCCGGGGUCAGGGUCUUCUUUCUCCAGGGCCAAAAAGGCUAAACUGGAGAGCGAUGGGCCUUCGGAAUUUGAGGUCCCAGACACCUUCCAUUCCCUCCUGGGCGAAUUCAAAGGGAGCUUUCAGGAGCACAUUCCAAGUUUCAUCACCAACAAGUAUUUCAGCCUCUGCCUCCAGGUGGCGCUGGAGGUCUUGCACAGGAAGCUGCCAGAGGACUGCUCAGAGCUGUGCCACUCGAUGAUUGGCUAUUUGAGCUCCCGCAAUGUGUCUCCUGGGCAGAGAUUAAUUGCAUUCACUAUGAGUCAUCGCCGCACUUUGGAACGCCCCGAAUACCACCACCUGGUAGGCAAGCCCAAAACCAAAAGUCCCGUUUGGAUGCAUUUUGGCUUGCCUGCUGACGAAAGUGACUGCGUGGUGGUUGAUAAUAUCGCCAUUUGUAAAAUAUGUUUGCAUUCCGUAUCGGUGAAGGGCGGAAACACUACCAAUCUCAUGAGCCACCUCAAGCUUCACCACCCCCAGAAAUUUAAGGAGCUGCCUUCUUCAUCGGCCGGCAUUUCCGGUUAUUCAUGUAACAGUGCAGACGACCCUCCGGCUGCAGCAACAGCGGUCAGUGCUGACGAGCCUGCCAGAACCGCCGUGGAAAUUCCUAGGAAGCGGCAAAAAACGCUGCUGGAUUUUCAGCCGCUCAAUUUCGAGGCCCCGAGAUCUUGUAGCCAGGCCAUAACGGAGUACCUGGCCACGUGCAUGCAGUCUUACAACAUAGUAGACCACCCGAAAUUUAUCCAAAUGGUCAACACCCUGAACCCACGGUACCAAUUGCCCAGCAGGAAGUACUUUGCAACCAAAGGCGUUCCGACGCUGUACAACGACACGGUGGAGAAAAUGAGGAGAGAGAUAGGUCGGGUGAAGGAGAGCGAGCUGGUCAUCACUACCGAUUGCUGGACAUCGGUAGGAGGCACCCCGUUUUUGGCCGUGACGGUACAUUUCAUUUCGGACGAGUGGAAGCUGAUCGACGCUUUCUUGGGCUGCAAGCACUUUCUGAAGGACCACACCUCCGACAACCUCUGCGAGAUGCUCGCCGACACGUUGUCGGAGUGGGACAUAGACGUGAAGAACAUAUUUUGCAGCACGACGGACGAUAACGGCGCCAUUCUGAAGGCGGUCCGGCAGCUGGGCUUAGAGUACAUCUCUUGCUUUGCCCAGAACAUCAACAUUGGUGUCGGCCGAGCUUUGAACCUGACGCCGCUGAGGAGGGCGAUCGUCCGGCUGAAAAGCCUGCAGAACACCAUUUGCCACAGUUGGAAGAUGAGGCGAGACCUCGGCAAAGCCCAGGAGCUGCUUCAGAUGGAGAAAGAGAGCUUGCCGAGCGCUUGCCCCACCAAAUGGUGGAGCGUACUCAAGCUCUGCCGGAGGUUUCUCGAAAACCAGCUCCCGGUUUGCAAGAUGCUGAUGGAUUACCCGUCGAAAAAGCACUUGAUGUUGGAGGGGUGCGACGUCUCGGCUGUGCAAGACUUUGUCUCUGCGGCUACCCUGCUAGAGGACAUCACCACGACUCUCAGCGGGAGCACUUGCGUCCCGGCCUCGUCCGUUCUGCCUCUCUAUCGGCAAAUUAAGAAGCGCCUCCAGCCCGAGGAGGGAGAUAGCACGCUCUUGCAGGACAUUAAACAUGAAAUUUUGGGUGCGCUGUCAGAAAAGUACGAAAACGGGCCUAUGGUAACCACUCUGGGCCUAGCCUCCUUGUGCGACCCGAGGUUUCGCCUGCGUUUCUUGGAGGCUCCCGAGGCUGUCAGGCAGGAGGCCAUACAAAAGAUGGCCGACUUGCAUGCUGGCGGCCUGUCUGCGGAGCCAGACGAUCAGCCUGAUACGCCAAAAAAGGAAGGGUUGGCCAAAAUUUUCGAUUUGGAGGAAGAAGAGGACCUUUCGGGGGAUGGAUUUGAACCGCUGUCUGUCUUGAAAGCAGAAAAAGAGCUCAAAGGCUACAUGGCUAUGCCCAGAGUGAACUAUGAUGAUUCCCCACUGACGUGGUGGAAGACGAACGAGGCGUUCUUCCCAAUGUUGAAGGUGCUCGCAAAGAGGUUUUUGGCCAUCCCGGGAACGAGCGUGUCUUCCGAAAGUGUGUUCAGCACGGCUGGCAACGUUCUCCAGAAACAAAAAACAUCCCUCUUGCCGGAGAACGCCGAAAUGCAAAUCUUCCUGGCCAAAAAUAUAAAUUUCGUUUGACGGGGUUUUUUUGCUCGUGUUAAAGUUCAUCCAGGUUUAACAAAGGAAAACGAACAAAACAGUCAAAUAACUGGUGUUGUGGGCUGUAUAUGCACAUUCAGCUAAAGCUAUACUUGAAAUACCUAAAAGUGUGACGCAGAAUUGGCUCCCCCCCCCCCUGUUCAGCAAUGUAAUUGAAUCGUUUGGGGGGGGCAUUCUCUCACCUUGCCUUUGAUAUCUAUGCUGCUAAUUCUUUAAUUUUUGAGAAAAUGUGCCGAUUAAGAAAAUGAUCAGUGCUGUGAAAUAACUGUUGUAACAAUAUGCUAAGGGUAAGUAAAAAUGUAUGCAUUUUAGACCCCUGAGUAGCAGCAGUUGCCAGAACGUUCCCCCCGUUUGCCUCGACAAAGCGCCACCCUUAUUUCAGCCAUCAUGAUAUAUUGGUAUAUUGCGAUGUUUCGCUGGUGAUAUGUCACAGUGUUGAAAAGGAGAUAUUGCCCAGCCCAGCCUAGCAGCUCAUCACUGUCCCUUAGCCUAACCCAGUGUUUCUCAACCAGUGUGCCUCCAGAUGUUUUGGGACUACAACUCCCAUCAUCCCUAGCUAGCAAGACCAGUGGUCAGGAAUGAUGGGAGUUGUAGUCCCAAAACAUCUGGAGGCACACUGGUUGAGAAACACUGGCCUAACCUACCUCAUGCGAUAUUGUGAUUAUAACAUGGGAGAAAGGGCGAAAGAAGCAGGUUGCAGCCCAGCAGAAAUGGUUUGGUUUCUUUCGAGUGAAAAUGACAGCUUCCUAACACACACACGCACACACACACACAGUGGCGCUCUAUGCACCGACUGCAAAAAAAUAUAUUCAGGAAAAGAGUUAGAAAAAAACUUUAAAUUGUUUUGGAGGUUAAUCUGAAAUUAAGAUGGAUUUAAGCGGGUUGGGGUCUCUGAGAUCUUCUCUCUUACAUUGUGGAUGUCAGCUUCCAUAUGCAUGUUGUUGGUUAUUAAUGCUGUUGCUGCUGUUGUCACGGCCUUCUGCUAGAACAAUGAACUUAAAAACUCAACGGUGUACCUUUUUCAGGGACUGCUAAAAGCGUGUCUUGUUCAGGCAACCCUGCCCAGAUAAUGUAGGAUGCCGACACUGUGUUUCAAUCUGGUUCUUCAGCUUGUGGUUGACUUCCAGUUACUUUUGAAAGUUUUGUAGCUCUUAAAUUUCCUUGUGUCCCCCCCCCCCCUGUAAACCACUAUGAGUUUUGUUUGUUUGUUUUUUAAAAAAACAA